GGCAUUAAGAUUAGUAAUACGUGGCUGAUUUCGGAUCACACACAUAGAAGUUUCAUACCGGUCGUGAGUUUUAAGAGGCCUUAUGUUGACAUAUGAAAUAAGAUUCAGGAAUAUUAUGAGCCUAUUGUAGUUUUAGUCAACAUGAAUGAAAAGCCCGAUGAAAAAUCUGAAUCUUUGAAGAAAGAUGACACUCGUGUGCCUCCCGUGCAGGAUUUUCUUUCCAAACCUGAUUUGACCGCUUGUAAGAAUGGUGGGAAAAUAUUGUUUGCCACUGAUGAUGGAUUUGCAGUAGCAGAAAAUUUGUUGAAGGAAACAAAACCAGAAUGGCGUGAAGGAGUCUAUACAGAUUAUGGGAAAUGGAUGGAUGGAUGGGAAUCGAGACGUAAAAGAGUUGCUGGACAUGACUGGUGCAUCAUCAAACUAGGUAUUCCUGGUUGUAUCCAUGGAUUUGAUGUGGAUACUUCUUACUUUGUUGGAAAUUAUCCUCCAAAGAUGUCGAUCCAGGCUGCUGUUUUGCCACUUGAACAAGAAGAAAAGUUACCGGUGCGACGAUCCCAUAUAGGAAAUCAAGCUUACUUGGAUGAAAUGGUAACAGUUAAUGCCAUGCAUUCAGAGCUCUGGGAAGAACUUGUCCCCAUGUCAGAACUUAAACCCGGUUCUCCCGAGACGUGCCACAAUUAUUUCAAUUCGUUGAAUAUUAAAGACAGGUUCACUCAUAUUCGCUUCAACUUGUACCCUGACGGAGGUGUUGCCCGCCUUCAUGUUUAUGGAACACCAAAGUUUGAUUGGACUACUGUUCCUGCGUCUGAAAGAGUGGAUUUGGUUGCGUUAGCUAAUGGUGGUGAGUGCAUGGGAUUUAGUGAUGCUCAUUUUGGGAAUCCCAAGAAUCUUAUAAGCCCUGGACGAGGUACCGGCAUGUAUGACGGAUGGGAAACCGCCAGACGGUUGGAUAGACCUUCCAUCCUUGAAGAGGACGUGAAUGGUCAUUUGCUUGUUACUGGGAAAGAGUGGGCUUGCUUUCGCCUUGGCCAUUCGGGUAUCGUCACUGCUGUUGAGGUUGAUACUCAUCAUUUUAAGUGCAACUUUCCUGAUUAUUGCCUUUUGGAGGGUUGCUAUGCUCCACCCGGCGAAGAGGAAAAAAUUAUGAAAAUGGAAGGGGAACCUUGGAAGACAAUACUUUCCAAUCAAAAACUCUUGCCAAAUAAACCCCACUAUUUUUCAGGAGCCUCUAUAAUUCACCCUCACGGCACUGUCAAUCUUAUUCGACUUAUUAUGGCCCCGGAUGGAGGCAUAAGUCGACUGCGGGUUUGGGGACAUAUCCGCUCAUAUAAUAAUGACGGAACUGUUGGGUACUAAUGAAAUCGCCUAUUUUGAAAAUUGAUAAUUAAGAAUUUAUUCCAAAACUGUUUCCAAAACAAAUAAUUUCACUGCCACGGGGUUUAGACAUCAACAAAAUGUUGAAGUCAUUUUUAAAAAGGUUGAAUUUGAUUUAUACUAUAUUUGGUUUUAUUUCACUUUUUUCUGUUGAUUCUUAUAUACAAGUUAAAAAUACAUAAUUGGGGCUUUAUUCUA